GGCUGCGAGGGGGAGACGCACCCCGUGAAGACAUUGUGCUUAACGCUAAAUACCUCAAAGGCCACAUUGUCCUUCCCAGCUCUCAAUUAGUCAGGUUCUCAGUGCAAAACAAAGAAUUUUUUCAAACUGGAUAUAAAAGAAAAGCAGACUUUGUGCAGACAGGAAGCUGGAUAAUGUAAUGAAGGACUCAGACUCUGUUUAACAAAGCCUCUCUUCACCGUCUCUCUCUGUUGAUCAGGGCAAAAAGCUGAAUCUGUCUGCGAGUUUCUGUUUUGGUGCUGUAAAUAUAGCCUGCUCGGUCUGCUGCAGCAUCCAGCCUCGGGCCUCCUCAGCUCUAGGAGCUUCCUGCAGGAAGAGUGCCUGCUUGGUGGCUGUGACGGGGAGAAUUAGGCGAGGGAUGCAGGCUCACUCGCCCUGCGUAUAGCAGCUUAUCUUAGGCUAAGCUGAGGCACUAAUAGCAGAGUCUGCCCUCUCUCCAGCCGGUCCGAGGGCACGGAGAGCCAUCUGUCCACCCGCUCCACCGGAAAACAAAGGAGCAAUCGAUGACAGGAGAUUCAGAGGUGCCACAUCCAAAGGAGAGGAGCAGGACUUCCACACACAAGCAUUUACUUUAAAGCCUGGACAACACGGAGGAUGUCAUUCAAAGAAGAAAUGGCUUCAGACAGUCUGAAUGUGACGCUAACACUGAGGCUGCUGAUGCACGGAAAGGAAGUUGGCAGCAUAAUUGGAAAGAAAGGAGAAACGGUCAAGAAAAUGAGAGAGGAGAGCGGCGCUCGCAUCAACAUUUCAGAGGGUUCGUCUCCUGAGAGGAUCGUUACCAUCACAGGACCAACGGAGGGAAUCUUCAGAGCUUUCUCCAUGAUCGCGCAGAAGUUUGAGGAGGAUAUUGCUGCAGCGAUGACGAACAGCAACGUGACGAGCAAACCACCUGUGACACUUCGCCUGGUCUUUCCGGGCAGCCAGUGUGGCUCUCUGAUAGGAAAAGGAGGCUCAAAGAUUAAAGAAAUCCGCGAGACUACAGGCGCUCAGGUUCAGGUGGCAGGCGACAUGCUGCCAGACUCAACCGAGAGGGCUGUCACCAUCUCCGGCACUCCACAGGCCAUCACUCAGUGUGUGAGACACAUCUGCUCUGUAAUGCUGGAGUCGCCACCAAAAGGAGCCACCAUUCCCUACCAUCCCAAGAUCCUGGCCACUGGAGCGCACGCGGUGUUAGCGCCACAGCACCCUGCACAAGCCUUUGCUAUACCAGGGCAGUAUGCGUUUGCACAUCAAAAUUUGACCAAGCUUCACCAGUUGGCUAUGCAGCAUAUCCCCCUCCCUUCCCUUGGGCAGAGCAACCCUACCUUUCCUGGACUGGAUGCCUCCGCCCCCUCAGCGACACAAGACCUGGCGAUACCUAACGACUUUAUUGGCUGCAUAAUUGGAAGACAAGGCAGUAAAAUCAAUGAGAUUCGUCAAGUCUCCGGAGCCCACAUCAAAAUCGCCAGCGCCACUGAUGGCUCGACCAUGCGCCAAGUCACGAUCACGGGAUCGCCGGGCAGCAUCAGCGUGGCCCAGUACCUCAUCAACGCCAGCCUAGAGAUGGCUAAAUAUACCAUGCAGGUUGCUUCCUCCGCGACCCCCGUUGAUCUGGCCAUGAGCUACUCACAGACCGCUCCCUCCGCCUCCACCGCUGCUACUCCCAUGACCGUCCUGGCAGCCAGCACCCCAUCUCCCACCACCAUUAACGUCCACUCUCCUUCCACCCUACCAGCCAUCCAAAACCCACACUAUGCCAUGCCCAUCUCUAGCCUCCUUGGCAUGAAAACCCUCCCUGUCUUAGCUGUCCACUCAGCGACUGCCCCCAGCCUAACCCCGGGUUUGUCCCCUUAUGCUGCGAAAAUGCCAACUUCUGGCAUCAAAAAAUCUGAUCGGAAGAAGUUCUCCCCCUACUGAUGCCCGCUCAGGUCCCAUCAGAGCAGCUCACCGAUGAGAGGUUAUAGGACGGACGGGCGUUUAGGUUUUUCUCUACGGUAACGUUUGUUUUUUUGUAAUCCGAGACCAAAUUAGACAGCGAGUGAGAUAAAAGUAGAGUCAAAAAUGUCUUCUGUAAUGAAACGAGGCAGCAGCGAGGGAUAUUAAUUUCACUUUAUUACGUGAACAUGCAUAACAAUUAACUCAGGAUCCUAUUAGUAUUCAGGGAAAAUGUACUAUUUAAAUGGAAUCAUGUUCCUGAGCUUUAAAAGAGCACUUACCGCAGGAGUCGCAAUUUCCAUAAUGACUUCUUUUUUUAUUAGUUUUCUUUCUGUGUGGCUUUAUUACAGAAAACAAACGGCCAGGAUCGCUGUUUGUUGGCCGCAGGCUGUUGGUUUUGCCCAUAGAAAUGGGUCUCUAAAGGCAUUUUAUGACAAUUUUACAGAAUGUUCCUGUGUCAAAAUACACAUUUUAUCUUAUAAUAGUAUAGCUUCCUGAACAACCUCAGUUUGGAGAAACAGCUGAUUUACUUUGGGACUGAUGAGCUAACAGCUAGUCUGUGUGCAGACAAGAUCAAAUGUAGUUUUUAAACAUUUAAACUACAAAUGUUUAUGAUAUUUCGUGCAAAGUUUUUUGAUAAACAUUUACACCGCUUUAACUUACAAAUAUAAAAUGUUACUAUCCAGUAUUAAUUUGGAUCAGUGGGACUUUGUAGACAUAAAAACAAACAUUAACUUUGAAUGCUUUUAAGAGUAAAUAUUAAAACUUUGAGGCUAAAAAACAUUUUAAAAAUGAAGCCCAAUGUCACUUAACCACAUAAGUAGAUUAAAAUAAGUUAAACAAAACAAAAACUAAAGGCAGAAGGGGUGGUAUAGGAAGAAAACCUUGCUUUUUAUCAAACAGCAAAAAAUAAUCUAAAUGAUCAAAAGUUGGUAUUAGAUAAGCAAGAAUGCACAUUCUGUUGGCAAAUUCAUGUUUUAUUUCUCUGUUUGUUUAAUGUCUUUUUCACUAAUGCAUAAAAACCAUCCAGUACAGUAAAUCCCAUCAGCCCUUGUCUGUCCUAAGUGGAGCAUCAGGAUUAGUACCUUCACCAGAAACCGGCCCUAUCCGGUCCAAUACAUGUCUACUGCCUCCUGGUGGAGGAUCUACAGAUAGCAAAGCCUAUUUUAUUGCUUUAAUAUAAUCACAUAAAACAAAAAACAUUAAAACACAUUAUUAGACAAAAAUGCUUCAAUUUUAAAUCUGGAUUUUUAUAAAUGACUUCACACUCCAGGUAUUAACUCAUUCACUGCCAAUGUCGACUAAAGUCGUCAUUUGCAUUUUUUUAACCAUUUGGGCAUCGGAACGAGCCCCCGCGCUGAAAGAACAAACAUCUCAGCCCUGAAGCCGAUCUUCAUCCGCAUACAUCACACGUCACAUGACCAGGAAGCAGAACAUCCAUGUGUUCGGAGAUCGUUUUGGGCCGUUCCUGUAAAAAAAAAAAAGUGAGGUGUAAACCCGAAAAGCGUCUGCCGAUCACAAUUCGACAACGGAUGAUGAAAGAACGGAUAACGCUCGAAACACGCGGAUGAGUCUCCUCUUUGUUUUGGUUGUUUUGGCAUCGACAUCAUGCUAGCGCGCAACGUUCUGCGACUCUUAAAAAAAACCUGUAAAAACGGUGAGAAACUCUGGCAGCGAAGGGCUUUAGCGAUCAGGAAACGGUUGGCAGCGAAUGAGUUAAGGGUUAAAAAUCUGCUUUUGUCUGGAGCAGGAAGCUCAGUGAGAAAAUUCAAGACGGGUUACAACAGGAGCUCACCGUGUCUCGUCUUUCUGAGGUUUCUGUGACUUUAAUGGGCCAGGGCUUAACCUCACCCUAACCCAGUCACCCCGUUAAACACCCCAU